GGACUCAGCGGCUGGCCUGAUCGCUACUGACAUGAGAAAUACGCUGACUGGUUCUCAUCUUUCUAUGUUAAUUUUUUUGUCACCAAUAGCUGAAAGUCUAAAUUUGAUAAAUAAUUUUCCUUAAGAAUUUUAUUCCUUUUAUUUGUUGGAUAAUUUUACUGUUUAAAUUUACCGAGAAUACAGUAUUUCGGACAUCGUAACAGCUAUCUAAUCUAUAUUAAUGAAAAGUUUAGAAUUUUUCUUCAAUUAAUCGAUUAAUCUAUAUAACUAAAUAAUUGAAAUAAUCGAAUAAUCAAUUAUUUUGCCAUCGAUUAUAAUUCUUGUCGUACGAAUUCAACCAACAACAUCGAUCUCAGCUCGACACUAGUUUCACCUUGUGAAGGUUAAAGGUAAAGUUGGUAAGAUCUAGGAGACAACCGGCGCCGGAAAUUUUUUAUAGUACAAGAAAUAUCCAGUAUCUACGUGGGUUACUUACUGCCUGCUAUAAAAAUUGUGGGUAUACAUACAUACCUAGUAAUUAUAUUCUCUUUGGUGGGUCAGGGUAUUUGAAGAGAGGUCAAAGAGGACAACAGUCCUUUGCGUGUAAUCAGAUUCACACAGUACAAUCAAAAUGCCUAUCAAAUCCAUUAAAGCUCGCCAGAUUUUCGACUCCCGUGGUAAUCCUACCGUCGAAGUUGAUUUGGUAACGGAAUUGGGUCUUUUCCGUGCUGCUGUUCCUUCAGGAGCCUCCACUGGCGUUCAUGAAGCCCUAGAGCUUAGAGAUAAUAUAAAGAGUGAAUAUCAUGGAAAGGGUGUCCUCACUGCAAUAAAAAAUAUCAAUGAUAUCAUUGCACCAGAGCUUUUGAAACAAAAUCUUGAAGUGACUCAACAAAAGGAGAUUGACGAAUUUAUGAUCAACUUAGAUGGGACUGAAAACAAGUCUAAGUUGGGUGCCAAUGCCAUUCUUGGUGUUUCCUUGGCAGUGGCUAAGGCUGGUGCAGCUAAGAAAGGUGUACCUCUUUACAAGCAUUUAGCAGACUUGGCUGGUAAUAGUGACAUUGUUCUACCUGUACCUGCAUUUAAUGUCAUUAAUGGUGGUUCUCAUGCCGGCAACAAACUUGCUAUGCAAGAGUUUAUGAUUUUACCAACUGGUGCUUCUUCAUUCAGUGAAGCUAUGCGUAUGGGUUCUGAAGUUUACCACCAUUUAAAAAAAAUUAUAAAAGAAAAGUUCGGUCUUGACUCCACUGCUGUUGGGGAUGAGGGUGGCUUUGCUCCCAAUAUCCAGAACAAUAAAGAUGCUCUAUUUUUAAUUCAGGAUGCUAUUCAACAAGCUGGUUACACUGGCAAGAUUGAAAUUGGAAUGGAUGUUGCUGCUUCCGAGUUCUUUAAGGAUGGAUCAUAUGAUCUUGACUUUAAGAACCCAAAAUCCAACCCAGCUGACUUCUUGUCAUCUGACAAGCUUGCUGAAGUUUACCUCGACUUUAUUAAGGACUUCCCAAUGGUUUCCAUUGAGGAUCCCUUUGACCAAGAUGACUGGGCUGCUUGGGCUAGUUUAACCGCUCGCACCCCCAUUCAAAUUGUUGGCGAUGACCUUACGGUAACAAACCCUAAGCGUAUUGCCAUGGCAGUGGAAAAGAAGGCUUGCAACUGUUUACUUCUGAAGGUUAACCAAAUUGGCAGUGUCACCGAGUCAAUUAAUGCUCAUCUUUUGGCUAAGCAGAAUGGAUGGGGAACUAUGGUUUCUCACAGGUCUGGAGAAACAGAGGAUACGUUUAUUGCUGAUUUAGUAGUUGGUUUGUCCACUGGCCAGAUCAAGACUGGUGCACCUUGCCGUUCUGAGCGUCUUGCUAAGUAUAACCAAAUCCUCCGUAUUGAAGAGGAACUGGGUGCUGCAGCUAAGUACGCCGGAAAGAACUUCCGCAGGCCUGUUUAAAUACUAUAUAUACAGUAUGAAAAGCAUAUUUCCAUAUAACUAUCUACUUGGUAGAAGCUUAUUUAGAUAUUUGCUCUUUCUCUUUUUAGCAAUUGUUUGCAUAUAAUAGAAAAGUCAUCUGUGUAUUUUUUGUGAUUUUGUAAGUGUUCCAAUGCAAAAUAAGAGAUAGGCUGUUCAAAUUUUUUUUUGGGCAGAGUGUAUGUUGAGUAAUUGAAAUAAAUUAUAUUUAAAUUAUUUUUAAGUCAUACUUCAUUAUGUAUAAUAGUAAGUAUGUAAUUAAAAUAAAUUCAUUAUG